AUAUGACUUUUCCUAACUAAUCCCCUCUAUACUCUUUAAAUCUUCAUUUUAUAUCUAAACAAUUUUAAUCAUAAUUCCAUUAGGAGUCACAGGAAAAACAAAACAAGGCUUCAACUUUCGGAUUUUCCCAAUUUGGGUUUUUGUCAAAAUUAUCUCCUUUAUGAUCCUACAUACAAAACACUAAUAUAAAACAAAAUCAUAAGUUAAAAAUUAACUUCUGGGUUUUCUUACUUACCCCAAAAUUCUCCUUUUUCUUGAUCUGGGUUCUUUAAAUUUCAUCUCAGAUCCUCAAAAAAAGGAAAUUAUGGCAAGUAAGAUGAAGAAAAAGGCAGAGUCUUUUGUGAUUCGUUGUUUGUUGUUUAUGUUGAUGAUGAUUAAUUCAUGUGUUGGAAGGUUUGUGGUGGAGAAAAACAGCUUAAAAGUGACAACCCCAAGUAGUUUGAGAGGUGUUUAUGAAUGUGCAAUUGGUAAUUUUGGGGUUCCACAAUAUGGAGGUGCAAUGGCAGGUAUUGUUGCAUUUCCCAAAUCCAAUCAAAAGGGUUGUAAGCCUUUUUCUGGUGAUGAAAUUUCCUUCAAACCAAAGCCUGGUGGAUUGCCUGUAAUUCUACUCAUUGAACGUGGAGAAUGUUAUUUUACCCUAAAGGCCUGGCAUGCACAAAAAGCUGGUGCUGCAGCUGUCCUUGUUGCGGAUGAUAGGAUGGAGCUUUUGAUUACAAUGGACACCCCUGAAGAAGGCGGUGCUGAGGAUGAAUAUGUCCGGAACAUCACCAUUCCAUCUGCACUUAUUAGCAAGACUUUUGGUGAUAAGCUGAAGAAAUCCAUAUUGAAAGGUGAGGUUGUUAAGAUCUCCCUUGACUGGAGGGAAACAGUCCCACAUCCUGAUGAUCGAGUUGAAUAUGAGUUUUGGACUAAUAGCAAUGAUGAAUGCGGGCCAAAGUGUGAUGCUCAGAUUGAUUUUGUGAAGAAUUUCAAAGGAGCGGCUCAAAUACUUGAGAAAGCCGGCUAUACUCAGUUUACACCUCGAUAUAUUACAUGGUAUUGCCCCGAAGCUUUUGUAAUGAGCAAGCAAUGCACUUCACAGUGCAUCAACCAUGGGCGGUAUUGUGCUCCAGACCCUGAGCAAGAUUUCAGUGUAGGUUAUGAUGGUAAGGAUGUCGUUCUUCAGAACCUGCGCCAAGCUUGCUUGUUUAAGGUGGCUAAGGAAAAUGGGAAACCGUGGAUUUGGUGGGACUAUGUUUCUGAUUUUGCUAUCCGUUGCCCAAUGAAGGAAAAGAAGUACACAAAAGAGUGUGCAGAUCAAGUCAUCAAAUCUCUUGGUGUUGAUCUCAAAAAAGUAGAUGAAUGUAUGGGUGACCCUCAGGCUGAUGAGGAAAAUCCUGUCCUUAAAGAAGAACAGGAGGCACAGAUCGGUCAUGGUGCUCGAGGAGAUGUGACUAUAUUGCCAACUCUUGUAGUUAACAACAGACAGUAUAGAGGUAGAUUGUCAAAGAAUGCUGUUCUCAAGGCCAUCUGUUCAGGUUUUGAAGAGACAACUGAACCUGCACUUUGUCUAACCCCAGAUGUGGAAACAAAUGAAUGUCUGGAGAACAAUGGUGGAUGCUGGGAGGACAAAGCUUCCAAUACUUCGGCAUGCAGGGAUACUUUUCGAGGUAGAGUCUGUGAAUGUCCUACGGUGCAAGGAGUCAAGUUUAUUGGUGAUGGUUACACUCACUGCAAAGCAUCCGGUUUGCUUCGCUGUCAAAUCAACAAUGGAGGAUGUUGGAAGGAUACUCGUGGUGGCAAGUCAUUCUCUGCCUGUGUGGAUGAGCAUAACAGUGGAUGUACAUGUCCAGUUGGGUUCAAAGGUGAUGGAAUUCAUUGUGAAGAUGUUGACGAGUGCAAGGAAAAACUAGCCUGCCAAUGUCCAGAAUGUCACUGUAAAAAUACUUGGGGAAGCUAUGAUUGCAGCUGCAGCAACAGUAUGCUGUACAUGCAAGAACAUGAUACAUGCAUAAGUAACGGUGGUGGAGGGCUUGGUUGGGGCAUUGCUUGGAUGAUUAUUCUAGCAUUAGGAGUAUUUGGAACGGUGGGAUAUGCAUUUUACAAGUACAGGAUCCGGAGGUACAUGGACUCUGAAAUACGUGCAAUCAUGGCUCAAUACAUGCCUCUCGACAAUCAAUUCGAGAUUACCACUCAUGUUCUUGGGGACGAGAAUUGAAAAUUUGAGUCUAACAUUGAAGUGUGGCGCUAAUAGAAGAACGAACAAAACAACAUAGAAAGAACAAAAAGCUAGAGCAUCAUUGCCCUCGGUGCGUGUUUACUCGUGUUGAGUAGGAAAAGUAUAUGGUUUUCCACUAGCCCUGUUAUCUGUCGAUACAAAUACUCGGUUUUUCAAUUUAUAGGUCUUUAAAUCUGAGGAUUAUAGAUUAGUUAUAUGAUAAAGCUACCGGCUAUAAAUAAUUUUGGCUGUACAUAAUAAGCAUGAAUAAGACAUGGAUGGAGUUUUGCUUUCCAUUCAUUAUAAUAUGCUCUCUAUAUCUUCUGGAGUACAUGUUUACUUGAAUCAUUUA